GGUGUUUCUAUAACUGGCGAAGCCAAUAAUCCAGGCAGCACAUAAACAUUCAUUGAAUCCCCAUUUUCUGUCCAUCAGGUGAAGGGAUGUCCAUGGACCUCCGAAGUCCGAAUCCAUACAUCUGAUGGAAAUCAAUCACUAUAAUCCAGCGGAAAUCGUAUUUGAAGAGAAGCUUCACCCGAAUAUCUGUCGUCGUGGUACCGCGAGCAGGCCUGGGGACGCGCGCGGCGAUGUCCUGUUGCGGCGAUCGAGCGUGUUCGCACGCCGUGGUCGCAGCGGCCAAGGCCGAGGCCACCCGGCUCACCGACAGAGAGAGGGAGAUCAUCCUGGACGUGUUGGGCAGAGACGAGCUGCUGCGCAGGGACCAGCACUUGCAAGUCCUCCACCUGAAAGCCGAGCUACAGACCCUGCGCCGCAAGGGGGCGUUGAAGCCGUCCGCCGACCGGGACAGCGCAGGAGCAGGACCGGACCCGGGCAGGGCGUGCGGGCGAUGCAGAGCCGGCCUCGGCCGGGUGGUCAACAGGGGCGCCUGUUGCCAGGCCUGCCGGCUGCGGGUGUGCAAGGCGUGCAGGGAGUACGCGUUCGGGACCGCUGAUUGGGUGUGCACCGUCUGCCACAAACACAUGGAGAUCCAGGCGACCAGCGGCGAGUGGAUGAACGAGUUCGUGAGGCGGCCCAGCAGGAGGCGGGAGAAUUUGCCUGCCGCCGACAUCAUCAAGAGGACCAUCCGGAGGUCCUGGACCAUUUCCAAUCCGACUCCCAGAUGGACUGCACUCAGAUGUUCACCUGAGCUUCGACCUUAUAACAGCUUACCAAGAGGCCAGGGUGUGACUGACUACCCAUCUCUAGCCUUACACCAAACCAACCUCGUAAACCAACAACUGUCCCUCAAGAGUGAAUCUUCUCCAAUACAACGGAGGAUAUCACCAUCCAGAAGGACUCAGUCGGAAGACGUCUAUAGCGCUACGCAUGAGGCUACGCCCGCAUCCUUGGAGGAACCCCAACCGGAGGCAACGCCUCAGGUAUCCCCUCGGAGGCUAGAGCGAGUCAACCCUCUGAUGAGGCUCGCGGAUCAGAAACAAGGCAAGGAUGGGAGGAAGGCUCAGAAAAGAUCGAGACAGCUCAACGAGGGGAGUAGCGAGGAGGGUAGUUCGAGAGAGGACGAAAGAACUAGAGAUACUCUAACUCCUGAACUGCCCUCGAAAUUCGAUAGACUCGCCUCAGAAAAACGAGUCAGCUUCGACAGCAACAUAGCCAACUCCACGAAAAUCAAUCAGAUGAAAAGGAGUCCCGUCAACGUGCUUCGUACUCAAUCUCUAAAAGAAAAUUCCACGAAGGAAACUGGAUCUUUCCCGUCUUAUCAAGGAGAUCAUUCGGAUAACUCGGAGGAAACUGGAUCCACGAACGAGUUGCAGUACGCCCGCGAAGAGACGGCCCCCGCACCGGACCCUGUGGAACUCUGCGACAUCGAGCCGAUCAGCGGGACGGUGUUCAGGAAGGUGACGGUGCGUAGGAGGCGGCAGGACGAAGGCAGGAAGAUAUCCUCCUCGGAAGGCGGUUGGCGCAGAGGCCAGGACGACGACCUCCUCUUGCCCGACGGCGAGGAUUACAAGCUGGUGUUCAUCAACCCUUCGGAUGGCUCCUCCAAGGACGACACGUCCUCCUCCAAGGGGGAAGAGACUUCCUCCUCGCGGGAGGAGGACGAGGACGACGACAGCACCUCCACCGCCUCCAGCUUCCCGCUGGACGAGGGCGAUUGGGACUACUUCGAGCCAGGGGCGGCCGGGCGCGCCCAAAGCUUGGCAGGGUGGGCGGCUUCGCCCAUUGGGUCGCCUGGUGUGGGCAGGCGGGCGGUGAUCGAGUCGCCCAUAGGGUCGCCAAUUGUUUAUCGAAGACGCCUGCGCGAAUCCGACACAGGCACCGACGACGACAACCCCCGCCUCGACACCGGCUCCCCCGCCUCCUCCGACAGCCUCUACCUCCCCCCUCCCGCCCUCCAACCCCCGGAACCCGCCCUCCGAUGCUCCCACGACCUCCAACCAACCCCGUCACCCCUCGCAGCGUGCCGCCACUGCGGCGCGCCGGCCCGCUUCAUCCCGGUACCCGUGCCGGUGCCGGUACCCUUCCCCGUGUGGGGUUCCGCGCGAACCGUUCCGCGCAACCACCUGUGGCCGUUCCUGGCCCUUAUCUGGCGCGGCGGCCGCAGUCAGAAUACCGGCGCGAGCGGUAGCGGUACCAUGCCGGAGCGAGAGGCUCGAGCAGCGGUCAACGACCCCGCGGUACCCGAAGCGGAGGCAGCGGCGGCGGAACGGGAGCUGAGCGGGUAUCUGGAGUGCGAGAAUGCUGGUGCGUCGUCCAGCGAAUCCAGUGACGCGGCAGGUGACUGGGAACCAAGAAUAGUCAGCCGCGCUUACACCGUCAACGCAGGCAGGCAAAGCGACGAUGCCUUACCGACCAGCGAAGACGACGUCAGCGACAGCGUCUCCUUGAGAGACGAAACGUCCUCAUCCGGUUCCGCGGAAACAGACACCGAUGACACUGGCACAGUGGCUGAUCAGAAAACCAAACGGUUCUCCAGAGUCUUCGUGGUGAACAAGAACAACAGCUCCAGCUCCAGCAGCGACGAGGACACAGACACCGAGCUGGACUGCACCGUCGUCCUCAAGAACAUCAAGCCCCUGGACGAGGACGCGGUAAACGAGAGUGCUUCCUCCAGUCCGGCACUGUCUGACGUCAGCGCGCAGUCGCUCGGGGAGACUAGCGAAGCGGAACCACGUGCUUUAUCGGAAUCGCCGCGGAACGAGCUAGUGGUGGGGGAAACGGUACCGCGUCCGCUAGCGGAACGCCGCGAUCUAGAGGAGGGGGAAUCGGAACGGCACACAGGUGCGUGUGACGACAGAGACGACUGCGCGUUACUCGAUGGCAGAGAGUCGCUUUCGCGCCAUGGAGCGCGGUACACUAGUCUCGUGAUGAUAACGCAGGAGCCUACGGCCAGUGCGGUUAGUGCGGGCGAGUAUCAACAGGUGAGUGUCGUGACGUCGGAUACGACCACCUUGGUGCCGGACAAUGACGUCAUCGUCAGGCACACGAACUGGCAGGAGGAGCAGAAGGAGGGAGGGGCGGAAGGGGAGGCGAACGAUAAUCAAAACUACGACGUAGAGAGCGUAACCGUGAUAACCGGCGGCGAGACCCUAUCGGCCUUCGAAGAAGGCCUAGCAGACGACGAUUCUUGGGUGGAAAACCUGAGCAACGAAGACGACGAUGAAGAUUUCCCCUCCAACUCCUCCGAAAACACCUCUUCGUCAGGGGACGAAGUCACCCUCACCUGCUCCGCUGCCAUCGACCAAGAAGAAGACUUGCGAGGCUAUCAUCGUACCGCCAUAGAUUUCACCCUGCACACCAUAGUGGAAGAGAGCUGUGAAGAAAGCGAGGUCGAGCAGAAGGAUCGACCCAUCUCAACGACAGACCUGGAAAAGUACUUUUUCUUCGGUCUCGGUGAUGGUAACACCCACAGCUCGAACAAAGAAGACGCUUUUUCCGAAACCAGCAGCAUAUACAGCGAAGGUAUGGACUCGCUAGGCGGCCCUGAAGAAACUUUGCAGUACAACGACAACCCCGAUCCAGCUGAGCUAGCGUCUUCAAGACUGGAGAAGUACUUUCUCAGCGGCUUCAUGGGUUUCACCGCUGAAAGACGGGACUCUGAUGGUAGCGUAGGUAGCGACAGCGAAGGUAGACCUAGCCCAGAGCAACGUAGAAAGCGACUGGUUCGUGCUAGGGGCACCGGAAGAUCGCACUCUUCUUCUCUGGAUAACCUCGAUAACGCUGGCAACGACCAAACUAGUGAAGCGCAGAUAAACUCAGAAGAUUCUUCCAGUUCCGAGUCUGAGGGUCACGAUGAAGCUAACAGCUUCGAAAAAUCCGAUGGACAGUUCGAUACGGUGAAACGUAAGAAAGGCAAGAAGCAAAAAACUUCAUCGCCUAUGGCAGAGGAAACUAAGAACUUGGACGCUACUCAGGAGCUGGACGAAAACGAAUCUGAUGAGGACGGCCAUAAAACGCCACAACCGGAAAUAUCAACGACGCCGUCUAAUCUAACCACAACGACUAACCAACAGAGUAGAGAUAGCGGUUUUAUAGGUAGCUGUGAUGAUUUAAUUAAAGAACAAAGAGAUAAUUCUACGCCUGAACUUCCCUCCACUAAAAACGAAUUGAAAUUAGAACUAGAAGAUAUAACCGAAGAGAGAAAAAUCGAAGAGAAGAUCAUACCUCUGUCAACCCCACCUGCCACUUCGUUAACAAGGAAGGAUAGUUUCAACAACUGGAGCUCUGAUGAAGAGACAAACCUGAUGAUGUGCAAGAUGAGACAAUUCUUCAAAACUAUGGUAGCUAACUCGCAGCUGAACGCUUCCUCGAAACCGAUAACCCCCAAUUUGAACUUGAGGGUGUCUCCCAAACCAGUUCCUAGUCCUAGAGCCAAACGUUGUAAACCUCCCCAACUCGUGUAUUUCGAGAACGAAUUGACCAGGUUGAUGAAGACCGUGCCAGGUAUAAGAGAUGACCAGGUCAGAGAAAUCGUUGAAUAUCUGAGUAGCGAAGACACUUGGAGCGAUUCCUACGAUUCUUCCGACUACACCAGCUCCGACUUGGAAGUGACUACAUCGAAAUCCGUCCUACAGCAGCAAAUAUCAGACAGUUGUAAACAGAUAAUAAACAAGUUCGAUACUAGUGUCGAUGAUGAAGGUGAUGAAGGUGACGGUGGUAUAAUAGACGAAAUCCACGGACUGAACAAAGAAACUGCCUUCGUGUACCAAAAGCUAGUGGCUUCAUUCGAAAAGAUGGCCACAGGCGACCAAGAAGACACCUCCAUCCCGAAAUUGACACCACACAGCUCCCCCCCAUUGAUAGCCAAAGUAAUGCAUCACAUAGGCAGCCGACUGGUAGCUCUUAUGCACGAAGUUUCAAGCGGUGAAAGCCAUCCCAGCACCUCUCCCAGAACCAAACACUACCACAGAAGGCUCCAGCACAAGAUAUCCUCAGCUUCCAGUACCACUACCGAGGACGAUUUUCCGGAAAGCAACAACGACACUAUAGCAGACCACCUAGCGCCCUACUUGCUCCCUAGAAGCAGAUCCCACGACCUGUUGACUGGCGAGAGCAGGAUUCUCCAGCAAGGAGGCGUUUCCGACAACGUGGAAGAACGCGAAGCGAGCGACUGCGAACGCUUCAGCUGGAGAGGCAGCUUCGAAUCCGCCCUGCUAGCUGCGGACUCGCGCAACAAGCUAUCCUUGCUAGGCCAUGAGGGCGCCUCGGCCUCAGCGAUGGCGAUAGCUGCGAAGCGAAGGUCAGCCGGCGACCUGCUCUUCAGCCACAAGAGCUUAAGUCGCGAGCAGCUGGACAGAGUGCGAAGCUGUGGGAGCAUAGGCGGUGCCAGCAGCGAGGACAAGCUGUGGAUUGCUAGGCCCAACCGGAGGAGAUCCAGCGUGCCGGAUGCUUCUUGUGGCUCGGGAGCAGACGACGAGGACGAAGAUAUGGAGAACAGGUCGACGCUGCCGAGGAGUCUGCAGAGCGGUGCGGUCACUACCAAUUCCUUGCCCAGGCUGCCGACCAACGCAUGCGCGAAUGUUAUGCAGAAGAGCCAGAGCAUGCAGGGUUUUUUGCCGCAAAAUGUGAAGAGCGCUCGGUACAGGCCUCCGGGGUUUUGUAGGCUGACGCAGGUGCCGAAGCGGGCGGUGUCUGCGCCUGGUUUGCAGCCGAGCCACCAGAGAAGAGGGAGGAGAAGUCUGCAAGCGAGUAAUGUUCCUAGUGAUGAGACGGCCCCUCUGUCCGAGGCCCACUCGUCGCCGAUGCUGGCCACGCGGGGCGGCGCGGGCGGCAAGAGUGCCGCCCCUAGUCCGGGGACGGUUACUUCCGGGGGCGGGCGCGAGUGGCAGCAGGACGAGGACAUCGACAGGCUGGUGGGGCUGCACGCCAGGACGAGUUUGUCCAGCUUAGGGUGUCGCUCUGAUUCAAUGGCCAGCGUAUACUCUGGUGCCGGAGAAGGCCGAUAUGGCACCGUGGCUGUCCGAGGUCAGAUUGAAUUCGGCCUCCAGUACAACUACAAAGCUGGAGCUCUGGAAAUACAGAUAAAACAAUGCAAAGACUUGGCCCCCGUAGAUGCCAAAAGGAAUCGAUCGGAUCCAUACGUUAAGGUUUACCUUCUUCCCGACAAAUCGAAGAGCGGCAAACGCAAGACGAAGGUGAAAAAGCACACUUUGAACCCGCUGUUCGACGAGUGCCUCAAGUUCCACGUACCGUUGGACGGACUGGAGUCGCGGACGCUGUGGCUGACCGUCUGGCAUUCGGACAUGUUCGGCAGGAACGACUUCCUGGGAGAGGUCAUGAUGGCUUUAGAGGAUAAAGUGUUCGAUGAUCCCACUCCCAAGUGCUACAAUCUGCAGGAGAGAACUGAACCGUUCGAAGACGUGCCAACGUACAAGGGUGACGUGCUGGUGUGCUUGAAGUUCGUGCCGCCUGAUAUGACAGUUCAGAAGAAGGGCAAAAGAUCACGAGGGGCCCUCCAUGUGCUGGUCAAGGAAGCGAAAUCGUUGACUCCCGUGAAAGCGCAUGGAACUUCGGAUCCCUUCUGUAAAAGUUACCUGCUCCCGGACAAGGGCCGCAACUCCAAGCAGAAGACUCCGGUGGUCCGGAAGACGGUGAACCCCGUGUGGAACUACAAGUUCGUGUACGAAGACGUGACGCUGCAAGAGUUGGCCGAGAGAUGUCUCGAGCUGACCGUCUGGGACCACGACAGGCUGGCCAGCAACGAGUUCCUGGGCGGCGUGAGGUUCUCUUUGGGAACAGGUAAACACUAUGGAAAAAGUGUAGACUGGAUGGACGCCACUGGUAGAGAACUCAGCCUAUGGAGGAACAUGCUGGAAAGGCCUAAUUUCUGGGUGGAAGGUUGCCUACCCUUGAGACCAAGUCUAGAUACUCGUAUCUCAUAACAAAAUACUCGAGUUAUACAGUGGCGUUGUAAGAUUUUCAUUUUCAUGCAAUCAAUUUUGGAUUUGUACUUCAUUAAGAGAGUUUUUUGAUCGUGACAAAAAGUGAUAUUAUGUCAUUAUUACUAUACAUAGGUAUCCAAAAAGAAAGGGUCUUCAUAUCUUUAUUUCAAUUUUCGAUAUAAAUUUCAUUUUUGUUUGUGCCAAGGAAUGACUUGUUGAAAUUUAAUGUGUAAUUUUUUUAUCGAAAUAUGCUUUAUAAAAUUGAAAAAAAAAUUGUGAUACUACUGUUGAAGAAAAUAAAACAUUGUGGAGUUUGAAGUUGUUCUUGUGGAAUCAGUUCAUUUGUUUUUUAAUGAAUACAAAAUUAAUAGAAAAUUCAAUCAAUAAGUUCAUAAUGUAUCAAGUUUAUAAUUUCUUGAUGUUGUACCCAUGUAGAAGAUAUAUUCCUAAAUAUGCCACUGAAGUUUUCAGAAACCAUGAUGCGUAAUGUUACAAUAAUUGAAUUUUGAAAUGAAAUGUAUUGUUAGUAUGUUGUUGAAAUGUACAACGUGGGUUUGAAAAGAAAAAUGUAUAAUCGUUUUAAAAUGUAAGUAAAUUUGUAUUACUAGUUAUUUAAUGUAUUCCUAUAAAGGAACUGUAAACUCUAACAAACCGAUAUAUUUUCAUAUAAUAAAUAGAUGAAUAAAUGAUUUUUACGUUUGGUACGUUA